GAGCACCUUACUUGCCCCCGGGGCCCUGUAAUCAAUGGCAACCUCCGUCCAGACUCUUCCUCUGACACGUGGCCCCAGCAAAAACUUCCACCACCCUCCCCCCGCCUCGCCUCUGUCCCCCCGCUGCAGCAUGGGAAGCGUAGGCAGCCUGGUGGAGAGGCCGAAUGGCUCCCCGACCAAAGGGAGCCGCGCGGUGCCCCAGGUGAGACCCAAGCAGACCAACGGCCUCAUAAAGAAAGGCAUCAGCCAGAGAGAGCUGCUCAACUACCUCAACAUCACCAGAAAAGAGACUAAGGCAAACGGAAGCGGUGAGGGCAAGAGGGACAUCAUCGAUGGCCGGGAGGAGGACGACGUUUAUGCAAAAGUCUAUAAUAAAGAUGGCACUGAAGUAGAUCUGACGAAGAACUCACUGCCGAGUGGGGGCAAGUAUGAAAAGGUUCGUUUCAGGUCUGCUUUUAAACCCGUCACUCCCAAAAACUUCAGCUCCAUGCAAAACCUCUUUCCGAGUUCUAAGUCGGAGGACGUGGAUCACGGCCUUUCCAACGGACUGCACAGAGCCUACGCCCACGUCCCCAAAGCCGUCUCCUCCUCCUCCUCUUCUUCCUCGCCAUCCCGCCAUGGAGGUCCGACAUCAGGCGGCAACAAGGUAACCGAACGCGUGGUCCUCUCUUCUGUGCGCGUGAUGAGCCAGGAAGAUGAUAACCUGUCAGACUCGGGCCAUAACUCCAUGAGCAGCCUGCCGCCGUACCGCCCUCCUUUCCGCCCACACCUUUCACACAUCAGCGCGUCGAUGGGGCAGAUCAACACCAUCGGCUCUCUGGACCGCACGUCCGCGGGCGCCAAAGCGGUGGGGUCAGGGGGCGUGGCCAUAGGGGAGAUGGCGUGCCGGAGCAUGGCCACUCUGAGCCGCCUGACCCCGUACGGAGGGGAGGCCCCGCCUCCUUAUGAAUGGACGCUGUCCCUGUCUGUGGAGGACGUGGUGCGAGAUCUGGAGGAGCGGCUGGUGGAAAAGGAGCACGAGCUCAAACAGAUGAAAAGAAACCUGGAUGAGAGUGAGGGCGCAAUCGCUCAGGUGUUCGAAGGGAAGCAGCGCCUGUGGGAGAAGGAGGUGGAGGACCUGAAGCGCUUAUACGCCGCCAAGCUGCGGCAGGUGUCCCAGCACGCCCAGCGCUCCCAGCGCAGCCUGCAGCUGGAGCUGUUCAGGGCCCAGCAGGAGAAGAGCCGCCUCCAGGAGGAGCUCGGCCUGAAAAGGGGAACGAGCCAAGGCGCCGCAACCUUGCCAAAGCCCACCAGCCCCACCCUGGAGGAGACGCAGUGGGAGGUGUGCCAGAAGUCGGGGGAGAUCUCCUUACUGAAGCAGCAGCUGAGGGAUUCCCAGGCAGAGGUGACCCAGAAGCUUAGCGAGAUCUUCCAGCUGAAGACACAGCUCAGGGAAACCCGGACGGAGCUGCGGAACAAGGAGGCCCAGAUAGAUGCCCUGAAGCUGGUCGUGCAGGGGACACAGCAGGGCAGGUGUCCCUCUCAGAGCGGACGAGAAGACGGGAAAGGAGCUGAAGAGCACCAGUCAGCUGGAGCUACAGGAGGCUACGUGGGACCUACGGAGGAGCGCCUGCGUGCGGAGCUGCUGCUGGAGCGGCGGCAGAGCGAGGCCCAGGCCCUGGCUUUUGAGGAGGAGAGGCACACAUGGCAGACGGAAAAGGACAAAGUCAUCCGCUACCAGAAAGAGCUGCAGGCCAGCUACCUGGAGAUGUACCACCGCAACGAAGCCCUGGAGAGGGAGCUGCACCAGCUGAGGGCGGGGGGGGAGCAGGGGGGCGGGGGGGGGGGGGGGGGGAGGGCCGCUGGAGAGGGAAGGGCUGGAGCCGAGGAGCGACAGAGCGGGGGAAAAACAAGGGGACACGCCUUCCUCCAACGUGCCGUGGAUAGAGAGGAUGGAGUCAUCUGA